UCGUGGAUCAUCUCUACCAUAGCCUCCACCGACCGGGGAUCCGCGUGUUCAGGGAUGAAGAGGAACUCACCGUGGGAGAGCCGAUUCAGCAGUCGCUUACCCAACCGAUCAGGCAUUCCAAGAUCGCCAUUCCGAUCCUGUCAGAGAACUAUGCGUCGAGCAAAUGGUGCCUCCGAGAGCUGGCUCUGAUUGUGGAGUGCCACAAGACGAUGGGCCAGAUCAUCAUGCCCGUCUUCCUCGGCGUCACGCCAUCGGUUGUGAGGGACAGAUCCCACGUUUACGCCGAGGCUUUCGCCAAGCAUAGACGGAGAAGAGUCGACUCAGACACCCUCCGCGAACUCCAGGAAUGGGAGGAAGCUCUCAUCCGUGUGGGAUCCAUCCCAGGGCUGGAGAGUGAUGGCUCACGCACACUUGCUUCAAUCAUCGAGGUACUUGUCGCAAAUGUGUUGAGGGUAUUGAACAGAUACUUCGUUGGCAUCGAGCGUCAUGUAGAAAGAGUUAUGGAAUUACUAAAUGUGGAAUCUAGCGAUGUUCGUGGAGUUGGAAUACAUGGCAUAGGGGGCACCGGGAAGACAACAAUCGCAAAGUUAAUCUACAAAAGAAUAUUUCAUCUCUUUGAUGGCUGUAGCUUUCUGGAAAGCGUUAGAGAAAAUGCAGAAAAACCAGGAGGUUUAGUAAAUUUACGAGGUCAGUUGAUUUCAGAUCUUCUAGGUGCAAUGCAUAGACAAAUUUAUUCUGAUGAUGAUGACGGAAUUAGAUCCAUCAGAAGCAGAUUCUUCCACAAGAAAGUUCUCAUUGUUCUCGAUGAUAUUGAACCAAGCUUUGAACUUACAUCAAUUUUAGGAAGUCUUGAUUGGUUAGGCUCUGGAAGCAGGAUCAUAAUUACCACCAGAGAUGGACAAGCUUCAGAUGAGCUUGAAAUGUUCCUGAAAUAUAAGGUCGAGGGAAUGCGAGAAGAGGAUGCCCAUAAACUUUUCCACAUCCAUGCCUUCAGGGAGAAACCUGCUCCAGAUGACCUGGCUACUCUGCCCAAAGAUAUAGUAUCAACUAUUGACCAGCUUCCUCUGAUUAUUGAGGUUGUCGGGUCGUAUCUAUUUUCUAAAAGCAAGGACGUGUGGGAGCAGACAUUAGACGAGUUGAAAGAAGUACGUUCGCAAGAUGCUCAAAAGCAAUUGAUGGUAGUCAUCAAAGCAUUGCCUGACAAGCAAAGAAAGAUAUUUCUGGACAUUGCUUGUUUCUUCAUUGGAGAGGACAAAAGUGUUGCAUGCUACCUGUGGUCUGACCGUGAUUCCGCAAGCGGAUUGGAAUUAGAAGUGCCCGUCCCCUCGUCUAUUGUUAAGAUUGAGAACAAUAAGCUGUGGAUGCAUGAUCAACUUCGAGACCUUGGUAGGAAUAUCGUCAAAUCGGAAUAUUGUGAACCUGGAAAGCGCAGCAGAUUGUGGAUGCACAAGGAAGCCUUGGAUGUGCUGAAACAGGAAAAAGGGACGGAACAUGUUGAAGGUGUUCUUCUCAAAUUUGACAGUAGGUCCCAAGACAGUUUUAAACCAGCACAUUUUGCAAGUACGUCAAACAUAAGAUUCCUUCGAUUGGAUCAGGCGGACCUCAAUGGAAAUUUUGAGCGGCUUCUGUCAAGUUUAAGAUGGCUCCAUUGGCAAGGUUGUCCUCGCAAUCUUGGUGCUCAAAAUUUGGAUUUGAAGGAGUUGGUUAUUCUAGAUCUUUCCUGGAGCAAGGUCAAUGAAAAAUGGAAUGGUUGGAGAGAAAUCGAGAAAGCCGGGAAACUGAAAGUUUUGAACCUCACCGGUUGUGUUGACUUGAUCAGAACUCCAGACUUAUCUCAUUACAAAUGUUUAGAGAGACUGAUUCUUGAAAGGUGCAUUCGAUUGGUUGAAAUCGGUUCAUCGGUAAAAAGUCUGAAGCGCUUGGUUUCACUGAACUUGAGGUUUUGCAUUGAACUCAAUAAGUUGCCUGAAGAGCUGGGUUCCCUCAUAUCCUUGCAAGAGUUUCUUAUAGACGGAACUGCUGUUCAAGAAAUUCCUGCCUCCAUCGGUCAUUUGAAAAAUCUUGGAAGAUUCAGUGCCCGCAAUUGUCUUUCAUUGAUCCAGCUGCCCGAUUCAAUUAGCCAUGUAAAGUCACUGAGAGUCUUCGCACUUGAUGGUACCAAAAUAACUAAACUUCCCAUGUCUAUUAGAGAGUUAGAAGGGCUACAACACUUGUCAAUAAGUCAUUGUAGGUCAAUAUCGAAGUUACCAACGUCCUUGGGGACUUUGGCUUCAUUGGACGAACUCGAUUUAUCAAGCACUGGAAUUGUCGAAUUACCUAAUACUGUCAAUGAGUUAUAUCUUUUAAGAGUGCUCAAAAUUGAUUUUACUUUUGUAAGAGAGCUGCCUUGCGCUAUAUGGACGUUGAAGAGGCUGGAAGAGCUGCAUGCUUCAAGAUGUCGGAGUUUGGAUGGGGAAAUUCCUAGAGAUAUUGAGGAGCUUUCGCAAUUGAGGGUCUUGAGGCUUGGAUACUCUCGGAUUCGUGGUCUACCAGAUAGCAUUUCUACCCUUACCAGUCUGCAAACGCUUGAUCUGCUUCAUUGUGACAAGCUCCAUAAAGUGCCCAAGCUUCCUUCCACUUUAAUAAGCCUAUCUUUCAGUUCUAAAUUGAUGGAGACAAUUCCAGACAUCAGUAGUCUGGUUAAGUUGGGAGAGUUAUUCUUGGCCGAUGGUUCCCAGGAACUGGUGUUACCUGGCCAAGGUCAAAUUGAAUCGAAAGGACGCACGGAUUUGCAGCUUGGGAGUUUGUUAGAGCUAAAGAUAUUUCAUCUAUCUGUGUUAAAGGUCCAACCUGUUGGGUUGCAUUACCUUAUUAAGCUCAGGAAGCUCUCCCUUUGCUGCAUUCACUUGGAAGAGCUACCACAGCUUCCUUCAAGUUUAUUCACUCUAUCACUUCGCCAUUACAAAUCACGGACAGGAUUGCCAGAUCUUUCAUAUUUGAAGCUCCUGUCAGAAUUCGAGCUUUUUGACUGUGCAGUGACAGAAGUUCCAGGCCUCAAGAAGUUCGAAUCCUUGCGAGUUUUCAGAAUAUCUCACUGCAACCUGCAACAGCUGGAUGAGCUUGAGAACUUGAUAUUUUUAGCGUCAUUGAAUGUUUCAUACUGUCAAAGUCUUGAGAGACUUGCCGAUCUAUCAAAACUGAAGAUGCUAAAAGAUAUAAAAAUCAAGGGCUGUCCAAAGAUACACGAUAUUAAAAGUGUGGAACACCUGAAUUCCUUCGAGAAGCCAAGCAGUUCAACAAUUGAGGUGGAAAGCUCAUCCGAGGUGGAGUUUAGGAAACCAGCUAAUACCAAAUAUUCUUCCUUUCAGGGUGUCAAAUGCAAGGACAAAGCUGUUUUUCUGACCGAUAUGCCUACAUCGGCGAAGGAUGAUGGCGAUGCUUUCCCUGUCAAUGACGAAGAUAAGGAUGAAUAUAAAAUUCCUGAAGGGGAGAAGAAUGAACCUGUUGAAAGCAUUGCCUUGGCAAUUUCUGACAAGCCCAGUCUUCCUCCUAAAGCAGAAGCAAAAUCUUCCAAGUCUGACAAGUCAGUCACUGAAACUUUGAGCGAUUCUUCUAAUGUGCAAAGUUCUCCCUCUUUUGGAGGUUCAUCAAUCAUGAGGGGUACAGUGAAGAUAAAUUUAAGUGAUGUUGAGCAAGAUAAGGAUUCCAGUUUGUCAGUGAAUAUGACAGGGACUAAAACUACUGGCGUCUCUCCAUCGACGGAUAUGCCACUUGACAGGGCAUCAACUAUCUCUUCUUUGGCAACCAUUGUUUCUGCUUUGCCUCCUCCUGCCGCUCAACCAAAGCCAUCAUCAGCAAUGGACAAAGAUAAAGCCCCUAUUGUUGCGGAGGUGGAUUUAUAUGGCGACGAAGAGGAGUCUCUUUUGUCAGAGAUUGAGUCUUUGUUGAGUGGCGAGUCAGGAAAGCAAAAUACUGGGACAGAGAUGUCACGAGAAAGUCAAUUUGAUCUUCAAGCAUACCAUAAAGAGGUGGAAGAUAUAAUGAGUCAGGGACUCCUGGCAAUUAUGUUUAAUCCCAAGGUACUAGGGCGUUCGCAAGAAUUAUUGAACAUCUUAGUCAAACAGAACACGCCAGAGGUCUCUACGAUUGUACAUCGUGUCUAUCUCAAAUUGCAGAUAUUCAUUCGGUCUGUGGGUGACUCCCUCUCUUCCCAACAAAAGAUCUUUACUGAAUGUGAGAGGUUUGAAAGAGAGUUUAAAAAGGAAAAGGAUGCUUUGGCGUCUGACAAGGAUGAAGUUCUUUUGCUCAAGAGACAAUUUGAAGAAAAAGCUAAGAGUGUGGCUGACAAGGAGCAAGUUAUUGCCAAACUUCAAGCAGAGAUUGUGGCAUGCAAGCUCACAGUUGAAAAUGCAAAGUCAGAACUAUCAUGUUUGUCAACAAAGAGAUCAGAGAGAGUUAAGGAACUGAAGAAGAAGUGCAAGCAAGUCCAUCGUAUGAAGAGCGAGAAUCCAAGCAUGGAAAAGAAGAGAAAUCAAGCUCAGGAAACGAUUGACAAAAUCAAUAUAGAGUGGAAUGAAUUGUAUGCAGAUGUUAAAGGUGGAUCGGCCUCUGAAUAGGCUGGUACUUUUUAACUUUCUUUGUUUUAUUUGAAUCUUCAUGUGUCAAACUUUUCUA